CGAGCAGUCUGGGGGAAUGUGUCCGUGUGUUUGUUUGUGUUUUCACUGAGACGGAGGACGUAGUGGGAGAGAAGAAAGGACGGCUUCGUCUCUGUGCACCAGCCUGCGCUGUAGCAUACGACUGGAGUUCCCAGGCUCUGUCUCGGCGGCUAUUGUUCCCAGGAGCCGCCACGCGCAGAUCGAGGCCAGCUGUCACGGCUCGCUUUAGAAGAUCGGUGCGUUGGGGAGGAUAAUACCGUUGCGUGUUGGGGCCCACUGGCGUGGCUUCCAAGCUCCGCGUAUGGUUAUUUUACGGACUUCCCAUACGCGUUUUAAUGCAUGUCACGUUCAUUUCUGGACAGCCUAGGCAUUUAUCGUUGUCCGGGAACACCACCAUUAUAUUACCCAAUACACUUCAGUAUCUAAGGGCAACCGGCUGUAUUGCAUGUGUUUUUAAGUAGACCCAUGGCCAAGUGGCUGAAAGAUUAUCUGAGUUUCGGAAGCCGGCGAGCCCCCCCUCAACCACCUAAACCGGACUACACCGAGAGCGAGAUACUCAAAGCCUACCGGAUUCAGAAAAGCCUGGACUUCGAAGAUCCGUAUGAGAACUCGGAGAAUCGCAACGGCACCGUGAUGUCUGACGCGCCGUUUGGCUCUCCCCACAAGUCUGGCACCCUGGACCUGAAGUCGCCCAAACAUCGGCUCAUCAAAGUGGAGUCGCACGAUCUGGGGCGCAGUAAAAUCCUUUUGAGCGCCGUGUCCUUUGAGGAACCGGACCCCGUGGUUCCCUCGGCGCCGGACGCAGGUGACCUGGAUUACUCCGACCCGUUUGACGCCCGGCCCGACCCGCGUCCCGCCCCAGAACCAGAACCGGCUCCGCAGGAGAGCAACGGCUACAUGGAGCCGUACGAAGCACAGAGGCUCCUCACCCAGCUGCAGCGGGGUUCAGGCUCCAGCCGGUCGGGGGGCGGAGUCCAGCUGUAUGACACGCCCUAUGAGGAGCGGGCGCGGGCGAAGGGGCGGGCCCGGGGGGCGGGGCCAGCGGAUGACGGACGGGAGAGCCGGCUGCCCCAGGACGACGAACGACCUGCUGAUGAGUAUGACCAGCCCUGGGAGUGGAAGAAGGAGCACAUCUCUAAAGCCCUGGCAGUGCAGUUUGACGGGACGGACUGGGACCGCUCGGCCAAUCAGACGGAGAGGGCGCGGCCCCCCAGGACCAACCCGCUGGCAGGGGGCGGGGCCAAGUACCGCAAGGCCUCCGACAUGCACGGCAUUCUGGGAGAGCGGGUGGACCCCGCGCUGCCCCUGGAGAAGCAGGUGUGGUACCACGGUGCUCUGACUCGCUCGGAGGCGGAGUCUCUGCUCACCUUGUGUAAGGAGUGCAGCUACCUGGUGAGACACAGCCAGUCCUGCCGCACGGACUACUCCCUGUCUCUCAGGAGCUGCCAGGGCUUCAUGCACAUGAAGUUCUCCGUCUCUCGGGAGGGGAAUUACAUCCUGGGUCAGAACAGCCCGCCCUUCCACACCAUCCCCGAGGGCAUCCACUACUACACCACCCACAAGCUGCCAAUCAGAGGGGCCGAGCACCUCUCCCUGCUCUUCCCCGUCGUGGUACAGACCCUCUGAUUGGACUGCUGGACUUGGGCCACCUGCUGUGAGACGGGGCUUCUGAUUGGAUGUUGGUUUGAUUGACGCGGAUGGAGGCGGAAGAACUUUAAAUGUUUUUUUUUGUUUUUCCUACGAGUACCCUUGUUAGAGCUUCGAUGGCUGUGUGUGUGUGUGUGUGGUUCUUUACACUCUUUGGUCACUCUUUCCUGUUUGUGUUUGAGCCCAUCUCUCAAACACAAACAUUUUCUCUUUUUGGAUUUUCACUGGGCACUGGAAUGACUUCUUAAUGGACAAACUUUUGUGCAACCUGGUCUCUGAUUGGACAGUUCAGCUGGGCAAAGAGAAGACUUUUUAAUUUGAACUGACACAAACUGAAACUGGACCAUGGAAACCAUGACCGUUAUAUUCGAAAACCUCUGAAGGGGGGAAAAAAACUUUGCUAUCGGUCUGUUCGGUUGGAUUCGCUUCAUGACUGACCAAUGACAUCUCUCCUGAUGAACCAAAGUAGAGUCUUAUUGGUCGGCUUGACAUACCAAGUCCCUUCCACAGAAAACAAAAAGAAAGGAUUUUCGGUGGUCUGUGGCUUUUGGAGAGACGGACAUAUUUGUCAUGCCGCGUGUUAGAUUAGACACUGUCCGUUCGCUGUUUGGAGUUCUCUGUAUUUCACAAGGCUUUGUGUCCGGAGAGGAGCUGGUCCAGGCAAGAGAAAUUCUGCAAAUUCUAGAAACUUCAGCUCUUACCAAAGUUCUUUACAAACAAUAAACGUCGUUCUGACCGAUUGUAAUAUAACUGUUGUUCACGAUGGAGGCAGCCGUAAUGACACGUUCAAGUUAUUUUAGCUUUUCACUUCUACUGGGGAAAUAAAAAAGGUUUAUUGUGUUCUUUACUUACCAUU